AUGAAUAGAGGUGAUGAUGGAGAAGGAUUUUACUCCUUCCGAGAUCCAUACAUCAAGACCAUUCAUGAAAUGAUAUCAAAACAUGCUCCGUGUUUUCCCAUUGAUCCAGAUCAUGUUUCUAUCAUAGAUACACCAUCCAAGUUUUAUGAUGGAUUGAUUGAUGGUAUUCAGAAUGCACGGGAACGAGUGGUGUUGAGUAGUUUGUAUUUGGGUACAGGAACACAAGAACAAAAAAUUGUAGAUGAGCUUGAAAAAGCUUUGGAAAGAGAAAAAGAUUUACAAGUGGUUAUUUUAUUAGAUUAUUUGAGAGGAACCAGACAAACCAGUGAGACCAAAAAAGAUAGCAGCGUGAGCAUGUUGGAAGGUCUUGUCAAAAAAUUUGGAAAGGAACGAGUGAAUGUAUCUUUUUAUCAUACACCUAAUUUGACUGGAUUUUGGAAAAACGUACUACCUGCACGUGUGAACGAGAUUAUAGGUGUGCAACACAUGAAACUGUACAUGUUUGAUAACGAUAUGAUUAUUUCUGGAGCUAAUUUGAGCGAUUGGUAUUUCGUAGAUAGACAAGAUAGAUACAUGUUGAUUAAGAAUGAAAAACAAGUCAUUGAUUUUUUUACUGGGCUUGUAAAGACCGUUCAAAGUUUUUCAUACAGAUUGUGUGAAAAAGGUCAUUUGACAAUUUCUUCACCAGAUCCUGUACAGAACAACAAGGAAUUUAGAUUAUUUGCCGAACAUGCUAUUAGACAAUACUUUUUCAAUCAACGGUGGUCCAACAACCUUUCCAACAAAGUCACAAAUACAUGGGUGUUUCCCACCAUUCAAAUGGGCCAGGUGAAUGUGAGGCACGAACAAUUUUUAAUUAGUGGCAUUAUCGGUGCUGCUGUUGAAAACUCCUCUCUCGCCUUCACAUCUGCCUAUUUCAAUUUUACAAAAGAGUACAUGACGGAUGUAUUGACUUCUCCAUGUAAAGAUAUUGCAAUUUUGACGGCCUCUCCACCAGCAAAUGGAUUUUUCACGGCCAAAGGUAUUUCAAAAAACAUUCCAAUGGCUUAUGAUACAAUGGAACAAGAAUUUUAUUCGGCUGUAGAGAAAAAUCAAAAACUUGGCUCCAUUAAGCUCUAUGAGUACAUGAGAGAAAAGUGGACUUUUCAUGCAAAGGGAUUGUGGCUGUACUCUCCCAAUAAGCAAUUCAAUACUCCCUUUUUAACUAUGAUUGGAAGCAGUAACUUUGGUGGUAGAUCUACAGAACGAGAUAUCGAAGCUCAAAUAAUUCUGAUAACGGAAGAUGAAAAACUAAUGAAGAGAAUGGAAGAAGAACGUCAAAAUCUUCAGACCUAUUCUAAACUUGUCACCAAGGCAACCUUUGCUGUCCCAGAAAGGCGAAUUGGACGAGUAUCUCACUUUUUAGUUUCAAAAUUUUUCCAUAAAUUCUUAUAA